GCGCGCUUCGAGACGCACAUGAGCUCCCGCAGUACAUUUUCUGCUAACUAUCGCUUCUUUUUCCAUCUCAUAAUUCGAUUUAUUCUCUUGAACGAGAAGAGAAAGCAUCUGGACAUCAAAAGCCAUCAAUCAAAAUAUCGUUCUAAAUUCCAAAUUAAAUACGUUAUUUUUUGACCAUUUCCCUUCGGUACCUUAUGUGCAAAAAAAAAUGUGAUUAGAGCUUUUUGCUGCUUGUUCUGUGCUGAAAAUUUUCUUUUGGCAUUAUUAAUAGUUAAAUCAAAACAAAACCCAUAUCGCUUGGGGUGCUAAUUAGGGAUUAAUUGAGUGAUUUUCAAAAGGUAUACAAUGUAUUAAUCACCUUAAAUGAAUUAACUUUCCUCAUUGGAGUCAUUGUGCGUCAUAAAAGCAGAGUAUAAAGUCUAAAUAUGUGCCAAUUAUGAAGUGGAGACUCAGUGCGCGCGAUAUCAUGAAAAUGUCUUAUACUAUGGAACUCUUGUCUAAAUCAACACAAAAAUGAUGAAUUUUUCCAUGAACCAAGUAUUUUUUAUAUAUAAACCGGAUAGAGAGAAAGAUAAAUAUUUUUUUACAAUGUAAAAAGUGUGAAGAAGUUGGUGAGUGCAAGAGAAUUGAGGCUGGAAGUGGAGUUAUUCUUUUUUUACAUCAACCCCUCGAUAAAAACGAAGAGAGACGAAUUUGUAACGCUGACAGGAAACAUAUACAAAGUAAACAAGUUAACAAUAUCAAGGAUUUGGAGGCGUAUCUUUUUCACGGGUAAAAAAAAUCAACAAGAGAAUUUACCUUCGGGACUAAAAUCACUUAAACUGCCAAAGAAGUAUGACAACGGGAGCAGCCAUCGGAGACACACCAGUUCCUGCUACUGCGACAGGUCGUCCUGCAAAUCCUAAUCCCGAAGGCGAAAUGGAUGCUCUACUGCUCGGCCGAACAAGGGAGUUAGUCGCCUCAUCGCCAGGUCGUCGAAAUUGGCGUGGUAUCUUCAUAGCGCUGUUGGUUAUUGCUGCCGUUCUGGGACUCAUCGUGUUCUCCAUUUUUCUACUCUCACCAGAGGAUGAAGGAAAUCGCAUUAAAGGGCACAUGAUUAGCAUAUCGGACGUCCUAAGCGGUCGUCUCAAGUGGCAACCCUUCAAUGGAUCGUGGAUUAGUGACACAGAAUUGGUGUAUCGUGAUGUCACGGGUGGACUUUCAAUUCUGGACUUGGAUACUUACACCGUACGAAGCUUUAUGACAAAUUCCUCAUUCAGACAACUGGAUGCGAAGAAAUUCCUGGUGUCGCCAAAUCUUCAAUAUGUGUUGCUUCUGUGGGAUGAAACUUGGGAGGGUUCCAAAGUUAAUGUGUUUGAAGUGGACACCCUAAACACAUACACAUUAUCAGCUAAGGAUGACACUCGAGAAGCCCCUAUAAUUCAGUAUAUUCUUUGGGCGCCAAAAGCGCCUCAAACCGUCCCUCGGGUUACGCCCACAAAUACCACGAAUGAAGCUGAUGAGAAUGCUUCCAAGAAGCCAGAGGAGAACGCCAAGCUGGGAACCAGCCAGGCCAUAGCUUUCGUGUAUAACAACGAUUUGUACUACAAACCCAAAGUUCAGAGUGAUUUGGUGUGUCGAAUCACCACAACGGGUAAAAAAGGAGUCAUAUACAAUGGCAUUCCCAAUUGGAUGUACUCGAAUAUCUCAGAUUUAAGGAGUGAUACAAUAGCAUUCUCACCAGAUGGUCUCUAUCUAUCGUUUCUCUCCUUCAACGACACGCAAGUCAAGGAAUAUCGAUAUACUUACGUCGGUGAAGGCUUUCGAUAUCCGGAAGUACGUUCUGUUCGCUAUCCGAAAGCCAACACACCCAAUCCAGUAGUUACAGUCUACGUUGUGAACCUAUCUGUACUUAAAUACAUCUUCCCUCAACCUGUUCGCUUACCGAGCAGCGUCUUAGCGAAUACGAGUUAUGUUGGUGGAAUGUUGUGGGCUUCUGCAACGGAUCUCUCCAUUACCUUUACUAACCGACAACAGACUGUAGCUUUAACGGUCCUUUGCAGGGCACCUCAGUUUGUUUGUCGGGAGGUAUAUCCAGAAUACAGUGUGGACAACAUAACCGUAUUACCUACGGAUCGACCAAUCUACUCACGGCGUCGCAGCCAGAUCAAACCAACUACCAUUCCACCUACUGUAACAACAAGUGAACAGACAACGACUCCAACUACCGAAACCAAUGCAACUGAUACGAACAAAACAGACACUGCUAAAUUCGAAUUUGAAAUUGGUGGUUUUCUUCUCAAACGAUUACCAGUCCGAGAUGGGAUGCACGGGUACUUCAGGCACGUAGUUUUUGUAUCUCCAACAGAUAGCAGAAGCAUCCCACUUACAAUGGGUCGGUUUGAAGUGACUGAGAUCCUAGGCUGGGAUGAAAAGCGUGAGAUUGUGUACUUUAUGGCGGCGCCGGAACAUGCCCCUGGUCAGAGACAUCUCUACCGUAUCAAUCUCAAAUUAAAUUUUACUGAACGCACCAACAGAGUGUAUGUGACGACAUCACCUCCGAUCUGUCUAACCUGUAUCAAUACACGAGCAACAUUCCAUUCUGACGCCAUCCGAGUACUUUCUGUAAAUGAAACAGCCGAGGACGAAAACUUCUACCCACCCAACAACUGCCUCUAUAACCAAAUCACCUUUAGCCACGAUUAUACGUAUUAUGUUCAAGAAUGUCUUGGACCAGAUUCACCGUCAAUCUACGUGGUGGACACCCAAGCGAACCUCAAAGUCUUUGUUCUGAAUGACGGAUCAGACCUUCGAGAACGUCUUGCUGAAUUGGCUCUGCCACAGAUCCGUAGCUUAAGUGUGGAGAUGAAGGAUGGAUCUAUUGCUCAAGUUAGGCUAUUUAUACCGCCUGGAAUGCGAGAUGGCGAAGAAGUAGCUUUCCCGCUCAUUCUGCACAUUGAUGGAGCCCCAGGAAGUCAACUGGUGUCUGAGAAGUUCUGUGUUGAUUGGAAUUGGUACCUAGCUAGCAAGCUACAGAUGAUUGUAGCACAGAUCGACGGUAGAGGUAGUGGGUUCCGAGGUGAAAAGUUACGUUCAGAAAUUAUUGGUUACGUCGGAAACUAUGAAGUUGACGAUCAACUUGCAGUACUCAUGUACAUACGGGAUACAUUCCCCUUCAUCGAUCGCCGCAAGAUCUGUUCCUACGGAUGGGGAUAUGGAGGCUACGCGUCAGCUAGUGCUCUACUGGAAGACUCUCAGCGGGUCCUGCAGUGCUCAGUGGCCGUUAAUCCAAUCGUCUCAUUUGCAUAUCAUAAUUCAUUCUUUACCGAGAGGUACAUUCCACAGAACGAAAACUACCUGAGGGUCCUGCAAGAGUCUGACCUUAUGUCUCGGGUGCAACACAUGGAAUCUAGGAACUUUCUCCUAGUGCAUGGUACUGCAGAUACAAUGGUGCAUCAGCAACAUUCGCUCAUCUUUGCCAGAGAACUCAUUGAACAUGGCAUUUCCUUCAGGCAUCAGAUUUACACAGAUGAGGAUCAUGGCCUAGAUGGCGUUCUCUACCACGUGUACAAGACAAUGGAGGACUACUUCGAUGAAAUGUUUGGACCACCGGAGAAGGACGAAUGGGAUCCCACUGGGCUUUUCACAUUCAAACAAUAAAUAACCUCUUUGUCCUUUAAAAAAAACAUAAUUUUCGCCAUUGCAGACUGUUCAUUAUUGUGAUUUUAGAUUAAUUUUCGAGUAAAAACGGAUAAGACAAAAAGAAACAAAGACAAAGAUAACACCAACUCGUCAACCUUUCAAUUCUGUCUCGAGGAAAUGAAACAACAAAUUACUUAUAAAAUGAAAAUUCUUAAAAAAUGUCUCUUCACUCAAGUAAAUCGCUAAUUCCAUCCAUAAACUUUUUCAGUAUAUAUUUUCUUCGUAGGUAAAAUAAAUAUUUAGCAAAACUAUUUCUUGUGAUUUUUCUGUCAGUAAACUCUUCCACAUUGAGUUUUAUAAACAAUUUGUAAAAUCAACAAUAGUUUGAUUGAUCCUUAAAAGAAAGUUUCAUAUAACCGAAAUUUAAAGAUCGUUAUUUGUUCUGAUUUUUUUCUCUUCUAAAGUCCAGAGAUAAAUAAAUGAAGGUGAUGUGAAUGAAUUGAAAAUUCCCAUAAGAUAUUUAGUAUUUGUAUGUAUAAAAUGAACAUGAAUAAAACAUGAAUUGUGUGCCUAAUUUACGAAAAAAAAAGUUAAGAUAAAUUUUUAAAAACAAAAACAAAAAAAAUGAUGUAGAGAAAUAAUUCAACCAUUGAGUAAUUUUUACCAAUUUCUCCCAAAAUCAUAAUUUACUCAAGUUUUUUUAUUUAUUUCAAAUGAAUAAUCGUUAAACCGCCAUAUCAAAUUUAUGGAGAUAGGAGAUGAGACAUAAACUGAAAAAUUAAAACCGGGGAUAAGGUAUCCUCAAUCAAACUUCUAUCGAAAAAUCUUGACAAGGAACUGGUCGUAAAACUGUUUAUAUGUUAAAUGUUAUUCAAGAAGAUGAAGAAAAAAAACAUCAAUAAAAAUUGUACAUAAAAAUCUCCAAACUGGCUAGAAAGAUUUUUUGGUGUUUGAAAAAGAAUUUAAAGAACAGAGUAACUAAAAACUAAAUCAAGUAUUUAUCGUCUGUUGUAUAAACUUGUCGAAUCCUCAUAAUUAGUAUCAUCAUUGAAUAAUUUCUUUGGGCUAAAAAAGAUGAUUAAAAUGAUGUGACCACCAGAAAACGAAACCACGAAAUCCUUGUUGUGAACACCAAAGAUGUUAUUGAAAGAAAUAAAUCGAUAUUUAAAACAA